UACCCGAGGCUAAAUGCCGUUCACUAACAACACCCUGUCACUCUCAGUCUGGCUCACUAUGGCUCCAGCAUUCACUGGGUGAAGUCCUGUUUUUUUUUCAAUUUCAUAAAGUAACUCUCUUCUGCUCUUUCCGUGGACCUGGAUACCAUCAGUUUGCUGCGAACACUGUGGGACUUCUUCAAGUUGGUCAGCAAGUGGUUCAACUCAGGUUAAGUGUCCUGCUCAUCUGACGUCUUUUCCUGAAGUUCCAUCUGCCACUAGUCUUCCCCUUGUGAAGAGCACAGCACAGUCUGGUUUGGUCAGGAAGUAAAUAUGUCUCUCCCGUUGUCAAUGCUGAUAUGUCUGUCAGUCUUCCAGCUGUGUAUGGGAGAUCAGCCUGUAGAGGAAGUCAUCACAACAAAAAAAGUGCCUCCCUUGGGUGGCUGGGUUAAGAGGAGUCCAGAGUCAGUUGAGGUGCAGGAGGCAGCUCAGCAUGCUGUGAAGAUGUUCAACACACUCUCCAAAAACAAAAGGAUGUUCAAACUGGUCUCCAUCACUGCUGCUCAGAGUCAGGUGACCAACAUGAUCAACUUUAAGAUUGAUGCAGUCCUGGGAAAAACCAAGUGUCUCAAGUCUGAAAAUCAUGACUUGAACAGCUGCAGUCUUGAGAAAAAGCAUCGAGAGUGCCGCUUUGAAGUGACUUUCAACCCCCGCAACAACAGACAUGAGCUGCAGAGAUACAAGUGCAGGAAACAUGGGGAGAAGGUUUAACUUUUUAACAGACUGCACACUUCCAUAGUUUAGCUCUAUCGCUUUGAAUAACUUCUUACUAUGAUAAAGUGUUCAUGUUUUUUCUGAAGAAUUGUUUUCGAGGCCAGUUAUAGAAUUAGACGUGUAGAAGAUAAAUAAUUUAUAACAAUGGUCUCAAUGAAAUUAAUUUGGAAAAGGUGACCAAGAAGGGAUGUUGAUUUUUGUUACCAUAAUGUGGAGAUUAUUUGUGGUUUGGGGCUUGUAGUUGUGUUGUAUGUCUUUAUGUCUUAUUGCUUAUUCAUUUAUUUUACGAUAUUGUAUUAUUUUAUGGUUUAAUGUACUGUCUGUGCACUCGAUAUCACUGCCAUAAAAAUUUAAAUCAACUCAUUUUUGCUAACUUGAGGGAUUUUAGAAAAAAACUCAGUAAUCAUGAUGAAGGAAAGAAAUAAAGCACACAUUAAUUUUUCUGUCAAUAUGUAUUUAGUUAGUGGGUUUUUUAUAUAAAUGCAUCAACAAUCUGAUCACACACAUCGCCCCUCAUGCAGUUUUUCAGAAAAGGGCACAUACGGUUUCUGGUGAGUUAUCUUCUUUUUCAUUCAAAUGUCUGAAAAUAAUGAUGCGAAGUCAGCAAAGAAUCAACAUGUGUUCUCAAAAUUCAAAUCUUUAAAUUCAUUCAUUGCCAUAUAAUUUUAAACUAUAAAAUCUGAAAAUACAAAAUGUAUAUGGAAUGCAUUAUAUUAGUUUGAAUGAUGUUUCCGCUUCAAUUCAAUCAAGCAGAAAUGCCUUAAAAAUAAAUGUUCAUACAUUUCAGAAAAGACGAUGGAUUAUACUGUAUCUUUAAUGAUUUCUAUACUUACUGCAUUCGUAUAAUGUAUUGAUCCUGAGGAUAUCAAUAUCAGACAUAUUAUCCCUCUGUCCAAUUGGCACAGAGGAAUCUGGGAUGGGAGUAAUGGUGUCUACUCCAAACGCUGUUGUGAAGGCAGUCCUAGAAAAAAAUAAUAAUAAAAUCAUA